AUGGGACGAGGUGGUGCGAGAAUGGAGGGGCGGAAAGGGGGCGGGGGGAGACACCGACAGAAAAGGAGGCGAAAGGGGGAGGGGAGGGAGACAGAAAAGUGGAAUAGGGGAGAUUUGGUUAGGGUGGAGGGCGCGGGGCGCACGGGGGGCGCGGGAAUCGCCGCUACUGCGCUAUUUGUUCGCGGGGUUGUUGGGCGGUCGUCAGGGGCCCGUGUGGUACUGGCGCGUAUCAAUGACCCGGCCCGGGGCGUUUGGUGGGCCCGAGCUCUUUGUUUCGCGUUGGGGUACGAUGUGGGGGGGGGAAGGGAGUGGCGAGAGGGUUGCGCACCGGAGGUAGGGGAAGGGGCCGCGGCGGAACGGUCGUCGCCUGUGUUGGUGGGGUGCUGUGUUGGUCGGGUGUGCCGGUCUCGGUGGGAGAGGGGGCGGGGGGCAGGAGGGGGGGGGACUGAGGUGGGGGGGGGGGCGGGUGGGCGGAGGGGGGUAAGGUGGGGGUUUACGCUGGGGGGGGGGGGCAGGGGUGGGUUGGACGGGCCGGACUCCUGUUUGUGUGGGUGGGUGGCAUUCUUGCGUCGGUGGGCCGGUGGGUGGGGUGAGGCGGGAUGGUGGCUUGCAGGUAAGUUGCUGCGUCUUAGUGGGGUCUCUACGGGGGAGGGGGGCUUCGUGCCGGGCACUGUCCCCUCUCCCCCAGACUCUGGGGCCCAGCCGCCCUAG